AUGGGAGUGAUGCGGCCAGAGUUGAUAAUGAAAUCUGUGAUUCCUGUUAUUAUGGCUGGUAUCAUCGGUAUUUAUGGUCUUGUCGUUGCUAUGGUGUUGAAAGGAAAGGUACAAGCAUCGAGUGAAGGCUAUAACCUGAACAAAGGGUUUGCACAUCUUGCCGCUGGACUUACGUGCGGUCUUUGCGGUCUGGGAGCCGGCUACGCUAUCGGCAUCGUAGGAGAUGCCGGAGUUCGUGGAACCGCUCAACAGCCUCGUCUGUUCGUCGGAAUGAUUCUCAUCCUUAUCUUCUCAGAAGUGAGUUUUGAUUUGCGUUUCGGCGUUAGGUCCUGUAACAUGCGGCGAGGUAGCAAUAACAUUUAA